AUGGAGUUAAAUGUCAAUUCUGGUGCAACAAAUGCCAAUAUUAAUAGUAAAGCGAAUUCGGAAUUUAAUAGGAGGGGUGAUCAUAGAUUAGCAAAACGGAUAGUUACCACCAGGGGACAUUUUCAGAAACCAUAUGGGGAGAAUGAAACUGAAACUUGUGAUCAAGAUAAUGAAAUCAUCAUGGAAGAUAGUAUAAAUAAAUGUAAGAAUUGUGCAAACUGUGAAAGUAAAAAAGAUUCUGAAGUGAAACCAAAAGUUUCGGUGGAAAUAUCCAUGUUCCACGAUAUAUCAGAAAGUGGAGGCUGA